AAUGGACAGUUUCAUAUUAUUGAUAAGGCUGUUUAUAAGUUAUUUUUAGAACUACAUUCUCAUAAUAUUCCUGUUUUACAGGAUAUGCUUAAAACAAAAGCACUUUCAAUAUAUGAACAAUUAAAAAAUAGUGGUAUAGAAUUUUUAACUACAUUUGAGGCAUUUAAUAGUUGGGUAUCUGGAUUUCAACGAAGAUUUGAUAUUAGUUUAAAGACCAUAUCUGAAGAAAGUAAAUUAGCUGAUAAAGCUGCAAUUGAAAGCCUUUAUUUUCAUCUUGAACCAAAUAAAACACUUGCAUCUAAAAGUGAUACUGCUAAAGAAUAUAAAAAAGACAAGUCACAUCUUACUAUACUUCUUUGCUAUAAUGUAUUAGGAACUCAAAAAUUUAAACUAUUUGUAAUUGACAAAAGUGCAUGUCCAAAGUGUAUAAAAUAUACUAAUAUGUCAAAAUUACCUCUUACAAUUCUUUUAGCUGAUAAUUGUAAUGCAUAUUCAAGCCCUAAAUUGCAAAAUAUUAAAUUAGAAUUUUUACCACCUAAUACUACAUCAGUUAUUCAACCAUGCAAUGCUGGCAUUAUUAAAAAUUUCAAAGUUAAUUAUCAUAAAUUACUAGUAACAAAAUGGAUAAAUGAAGUAGAAAAUGGAAAAUCAAUUGAACCAAUUAAUAUAAAAGAAGCUAUUUAUAUGAUUUCUGAUGCUUGGAAACAACAGUUAUUAGAAGAAUUAGAAAUGUCAUAUGAUUAUAUUAAAUUAUCAGCUGAAAAAUAUGUAGAAGUAGAUAAGCAUUUGCAAAUAAUGGAUAUACCAACUGAAGAGUCCAUUGUUCAAGAUAUUCUUAAAGAGCAAGAUUUGAUUAAUGAUGAAGAUUCAAAUAAUGAAGCUAAUAAUGAAGAGGAGGAAGAAAUUAUAAAUGAUUUAGUUUCAUAUAAUGAGGAAAAAAAGGCAUUAAAAGUAGCAAAAAAAUAUCUUGAGCAAUCGCAAUUUGCUACUAAGGAUGAUAUUUAUUUGCUGCAACAAAUUAUUAAAAAAGCAGAAAGUUUUUACUGA